GGAAGCGUUGGUCCGUUUGGAGGCAGGCGGAGAGAACACCAACCUUUUAUAGUAUAGCUGUAUUCGCCAAGACAAUAUCUGCAAUCGGGACAUAAGAUGGCAGAGCCACGAUUUAACAACCCGUAUUUCUGGCCACCUCCUCCCUCUAUGCCAGGCCAGCUGGAUAACCUGGUGCUCAUUAACAAGAUCAAGGAGCAGCUGAUGGCUGAGAAGAUCCGACCCCUGCACCUGCCACCUACCUCCAAUCCUUCCCAACAGCCCUUGCUGGUUUCCGCCUCACCCUCAGAUGCGCAGCAUGGGAUGCCGGUGCAAAAACCUCAACCCCAACAGGUCCCCGCUCACCACGCCCAGCCCCAGGGCUCUGGGCAGCCAGACAUUGCUUUGCACGCUCGCCCUGCCUCCAGCUCUGGACCAGGUCUGGCCCCUUCAUCUAGACCUGACAACCACAGCACCUCAGAGGCCCUGACCCCCACAACACCCACCUCCAGCAGCCAUAACCGCCUGGGUGGGGCCCCGUCCAUAAACAUCAUCUCUGGGCUGGCCAGUGGCCCUGGCAUGGAACACAUGAAAGCCGGGGGUCUGGCGGGACUCCUAGGCCCUCCACCCAAAGCGCCCAGAGGUCGGAAGAAGAUCAAAGCUGAGAACCCUUCUGGUCCUUUACUGGUGGUUCCCUACCCCAUCCUAGCUGACCAAGGCUGUGUCACUGUCGCACCCAAAGAGGGCAAAACCUACAGAUGCAAAGUGUGCCCGCUCACUUUCUUCACCAAGUCGGAUAUGCAGAUCCACUCCAAGUCCCAUACGGAGGCCAAGCCCCACAAGUGUCCUCACUGCUCCAAAUCGUUUGCCAACGCCUCCUACCUGGCUCAGCACCUGCGUAUCCACCUGGGCAUCAAGCCCUACCACUGCUCCUACUGCGAGAACUCCUUCCGCCAGCUCUCACACCUGCAGCAGCACACCAGAAUCCACACUGGUGACCGGCCUUAUAAAUGCGCCCACCCAGGAUGUGAAAAGGCCUUCACGCAGUUAUCAAACCUCCAGUCUCACCAGCGGCAGCACAAUAAAGAUAAGCCGUAUAAAUGUCCCAACUGCUACCGUGCCUACUCUGACUCAGCAUCACUGCAGAUCCACUUGUCAGCGCACGCCAUCAAAAACGCUAAAGCCUAUUGCUGUAGUAUGUGUGGCCGGGCAUACACCUCAGAAACCUACCUUAUGAAGCACAUGUCAAAACACACCGUGGUGGAGCACCUAGUGAGCCACCAGUCACCCCAGAGGACCGAAUCUCCCAGCAUUCCCAUACGCAUCUCCCUCAUUUGAGAUCUCAAUGCUGCACAGCAGUACAUGGGAUUUGUAAUCCAUGUAACGCUGGAGUUUAGGGGCCAUGCACGCACAGCCAUCUACAUAAGGCCUACAUUAGCAUAUGACACCUGACCUAAGCAUUCACUGCUAGAUAGGAGUGUACGGGACCCAUCGAUCCAUCGCAGCACAGGCCUGUCUAUUGAAACGA